AUGGGUUCUGUUACAUACCACGACGGCCUCUCUAUCCUGCAAUUGAUUGCCUACCUACCAUCAUUCUUUGUGGCAGCUUUUCUUGUGUUCCGCCAUGGAAUCCGCACCAGCAGUGGUUUUAUCUUCCUCGUUAUCUUCACCAUCGUGCGUGUUGUUGGCGCAGCCUGCGAGCUGGCAACCAUCAACAACUCGUCCAGGGGUAUCUAUACUGCAGCAGCAAUCUGCAGCUCUAUCGGACUGUCUCCGCUCUUAAUGACAUGCUCGGGUCUAUUAUCGAGAGUAAACCUUUCGAUGCCCUCCCCAGUCAUUCACCCUCGAGGCUUUGGACUGUACCGGAUCGUCACAAUUGUCGCCUUGGCUCUAACAAUUGCGGGUCUUACGUCGGACAUGAGCUUGGAAGGCAUGACGCACCCGAACACAAAGGUCAAGGUCGGCAUCAUAUUGUACGUUGUCUGCUGGGUUGGUCUGUGCGCGUUUCUGGCCAUUCUGUCCUUGCACCGGUCUUCCAUUGGCAAGGGUGAAGAGCGUGCUCUUUUGGCCGUGGCUAUAUCGGCUCCACUUCUACUUGUGCGCAUCAUUUACGCCAUGCUUAUUUUCUUCCUUGCCAACGAUACUUUCAAUGCUCUCGAUGGGAACAAUACCGCAUCUCUACUCAUGUCCGUGCUUGAGGAGAUCGCCGUCGUUUUUGUUUGCUUGGCUAUCGGGUUUACGUUGAAGGUUCGGAGAAAGGAAAGGGAGGAGGAGUGGAAAUCUGUGCCCCCCAAUGAGGUUGCAUGA